UUGUCAUUUUAUCAUUGUCAAAUUUUCUAUAUAUUUUGUUUGGUUGAUUGUUCAUAAAUCUUAAAUUUAAAUGAUACAAUUAUUACAAUUUUAUCAUUAGUUGUCUUAAUUUUGAAGCGUAUGAGUAAUUAAAUAAGUUUUAACUGUGUUAUCCGUUUUUAAAUCUUAUUAUGCAAGACACUAGGCCUGAACUAUACGAAGAGGUGAAGCUAUAUAGAAAUGCAAGGGAACGAGAAAAGCAUGACAAUAUGGCUGAGUUAUAUGCAGUGGUUAGCACACUUCAACAUCUUGAAAAGGCAUAUAUGAGGGACUGUGUCCGUGCUCAAGAGUACACUGCAGCUUGUAGCCGAUUGCUUGUGCAGUACAGAGUCGCCUUUAAGCAGGUGCAGGGUGAUGAGUUUCCAACAAUUGAGUCCUUUGUCACUAAAUUUAGGCUUGACUGCCCAGCAGCUUUAGAGAGGAUAAGAGAAAAUAAACCAAACCUAAUCAAAGAUGACAAAGGCAACACCAACAAGUACAUCGCUGAAAUUGUUUCUCUAUACAUCACACUCAUGGACAAGCUGCGCCUAGAGCUGCGUGCAAUGGAUAUGAUACAGCCAGAGUUGCGUGAUCUCAAGGACACGAUGGAUCGCCUUGCCAUGCUGCCCGAGGACUUUGAAGGAAAACUCAAGGUACAAGAAUGGCUGGACAAGUUAACAGAGAUGUCUGCUUCGGAUGAACUCUCAGAGAGUCAAGUUCGGCAGCUCGUGUUUGACCUGGAAACUUCAUAUGGAGCCUUUAAUAAAUUCCUUCACAAGGAUUAAUAAGGAAUAAAAAAAGCAUUUUCGCGCCACGGAAACCAUCUUGUUUUCUGUAAUUAUUAUAUAGGUACUCUCAUCUCAUAUAAACUUAUUAUAAUAAGACAUAAUAUAUAUAAGAUUUAUUAAUGUUAAAAUGUAAUUAUUACCAAUAAAUCUUAAAAAAUAA